AACAAAAAGUUUGCCAUACAAGUUCAGCCAGCAAUGCCAGUUUGUUGUGCCUUCGACUGCGACUGUCAGGCCGGUGUCGCUGUGGAGGCCACCGACACACCGGUGGCAAUGCUGGGGUUGUCGUUACCCAGCUAUCGUACGCCUGAUGUUUGUCCAUCAGGUGUCAGGCAUCUGCAAAAGUGGCGCUCCUCUGUUGACACCGCGAAGGACGACCUCCCUGUGACGUCGGCAGGGCCUCCGGCGCGGCGGUGGGCAGUAUAUAUGCUGCUCGUGCUACAACGAUAGCCAGUCCAGCCAAGACCUCUCAGUCAUAGCAUCAUGAAGUUCCAGAUCUUGUUGAUCGCCACCUGUGUGUGCGUCGCUUCGGCGGGCAUCCCCAAGAAGCUCUUAAAGAAAUACGCCAUGAAGAAGGUAAUGGAGAGCUGUUUCGGCGAACAGGUGAUCUCUGACCUGAAGGAGGAGUUGGCCGCUGCCAGCGAGAAGUGUCAUGGUCGUCAGGGACCUGCCCUGCCUCAGCUUCGUGACCGGCUCCGGUCUAUUCUGACUGGCUCGGAGCUGGGGCAGCCCCAACCGUCUCUGUACUCGCAGAACGUGCAGUACGUGGCCAUCCCCGUCCAGUUCCAGUCGGUGCAGGCUCAGCGCCGCUGGAGGCGCGACGCGCACCACGGCAAGUUCGGCGCCGCCAAGCUCAUGCGCCUGCGCAACAAGAUCUCUUCCAUGGUCGGCAACGUCACCUGCGUCAUGCAGGAGAUGAACAUGUUGACCGCCGACAACGAGAUCAACUACGACUCCAUCAAAGCUCGCUUCUCGGCGCUGCCGGUGUCGAAGGGACUGGUGGCCGACCUGGUGGAGAGUGUUGAGGAGUGCCGCCAGUUCUCUUCCUGCCUGCCCGAGUCCAUCUUCGCCAAGACUCCGAUCGCCGCCGGCUUUGGAAAGCAGGUCGCCUUCAUCAAGUGCCUGAAGAUGGCUAAGAUCGAGGCGUGCAUGAAGAAGGACUUCCGCGAGCAGUACCUGCCGGAGCUGAUGAAGGGCGGCAUGAACGUGGACGACGAGGAGAGCUUCCAGACCAUCAUCACCUCGGCCAUUCUGGAGGAGGACAGUGACAUGUAAACUGCUCACUCAAGACUUAAGAACGAUGAUUGAAGGUGGCGACCGGACCUUGCCAUGUCUUUGGCCCUGUUCUACUGUGCUGUCAGAAAGGAGGGCAUUUUCGUGUUUUUCAUGUUAAUCCCACUUACAAAAUGUGUUUUCAUGUCGCAGUUGACCCUGAACUGAAAAUAAACGCUUUCGUCAAUA